AUGUCAAAGGAAACAUUCGCAUUCAAUGCCGAUAUUAGGCAGUUAAUGAGUUUAAUCAUUAACACAUUUUACAGCAACAAAGAAAUUUUUUUAAGAGAACUUAUUAGCAAUGCAAGUGAUGCACUUGACAAAAUAAGAUAUGAAGCCAUUACGGAUACACAAAAGUUAUCAGCUGAACCAGAAUUCUUCAUUAGAAUUAUUCCUGAUAAAACAAACAAUACAUUAACAAUUGAGGACUCAGGUAUUGGUAUGACAAAAAAUGAUUUGAUUAACAAUCUUGGAACUAUUGCUAGAUCUGGAACCAAAGCUUUUAUGGAAGCUAUCCAAGCUAGUGGAGAUAUAUCUAUGAUUGGCCAAUUUGGUGUAGGUUUCUAUUCAGCAUAUCUAGUAGCAGAUCAUGUGGUUGUUAUUUCAAAGAAUAAUGAUGAUGAACAAUAUGUUUGGGAAUCAGCUGCUGGUGGUUCAUUCACUGUUACCAAAGAUGAAACAAAUGAAAAAAUGGGAAGAGGUACAAAAAUUAUAUUGCAUCUGAAAGAAGAUCAAUUAGAAUAUCUUGAAGAAAAAAGAAUCAAAGAUUUAGUAAAGAAACAUUCCGAAUUUAUUUCCUUCCCAAUUAAGUUAUAUUGCGAAAGACAGAAUGAAAAAGAAAUUACUGCAUCUGAAGAUGAAGAUGAAGAAGAUGCUGAUAAAAAGUCCAGUAAGGACAAAGACCAAAUUGAAGAUUCUGAAAAAUUAUCCCAAGAAGUAGAAGGAGCAGAUAAUAAGGAAAAAAAGGAACACAAUGAAGAAGAUGAUGAUGAUAAAGAAAAAGGAGAUGAUCAUCCAAAAGUAGAAGAUGUAACAGAAGAAUUAGAAAAUGCUGAGAAAAAAAAGAAAAAAGAUAAGAAAAAAAAAAAAAUACACACUGUUGAACAUGAAUGGGAGGAGUUAAAUAAACAAAAACCAUUAUGGAUGAGAAAACCAGAAGAAGUUACAAAUGAAGAGUAUGCUAGCUUUUACAAAUCUUUGACAAACGAUUGGGAAGAUCAUCUAGCAGUAAAACAUUUCUCAGUUGAGGGACAAUUAGAAUUUAAAGCACUCUUAUUUAUUCCAAAAAGAGCCCCAUUUGACAUGUUUGAAAAUAGAAAAAAAAGAAACAACAUUAAAUUGUAUGUUAGACGUGUUUUCAUUAUGGACGACUGUGAAGAAAUUAUUCCUGAAUGGCUAAACUUUGUUAAGGGAGUUGUUGAUUCAGAGGAUUUACCAUUGAAUAUAUCAAGAGAAUCUUUACAACAAAACAAAAUCUUGAAAGUUAUCAAAAAGAACCUCAUUAAGAAAUGUUUGGAUAUGUUUGCUGAACUUGCCGAAAAUAAAGACAACUAUAAGAAGUUUUAUGAACAAUUCAGCAAGAACUUAAAGUUAGGAAUUCACGAGGACAAUGCCAAUCGUGCAAAGAUCACCGAACUUCUGAGAUUCCAAACCUCCAAAUCUGGUGAUGAAAUGAUAGGACUCAAAGAAUAUGUUGACAGAAUGAAGGAAAACCAAAAGGACAUCUACUACAUCACAGGUGAAUCAAUUAACGCUGUAUCGAAUUCACCAUUUUUAGAAGCAUUGACGAAAAAGGGAUUCGAAGUUAUUUAUAUGGUUGAUCCCAUUGAUGAAUAUGCUGUACAACAACUAAAAGAUUUCGAAGGCAAAAAAUUAAAGUGCUGUACAAAGGAAGGCUUAGAUAUUGACGAUUCAGAAGAAGCUAAGAAAACUUUUGAAACAUUGAAAGCUGAAUAUGAAGGAUUGUGUAAAGUAAUUAAAGAUGUGUUGCAUGAGAAAGUAGAAAAGGUUGUUGUUGGUCAAAGAAUUACAGAUUCCCCAUGUGUUUUAGUUACAUCUGAAUUUGGAUGGUCAGCAAAUAUGGAAAGAAUUAUGAAAGCACAAGCAUUAAGAGAUAAUUCCAUGACUAGUUAUAUGCUUUCUAAAAAAAUUAUGGAAAUCAAUGCACGUCACCCAAUUAUUACUGCAUUGAAACAAAAGGCAGAUGCAGAUAAAUCAGAUAAAACUGUUAAAGAUUUAAUAUGGUUACUUUUUGAUACUUCUCUUUUAACAUCUGGAUUUGCUCUUGAAGAACCCACCACAUUCUCCAAAAGAAUCCAUAGAAUGAUUAAAUUAGGUUUAUCAAUUGAUGAGGAGGAAAACAAUGAUAUCGAGUUACCACCUCUUGAAGAAACUAUUGACGCUACUGAUUCCAAGAUGGAAGAAGUAGACUAA